GAGUGGGUUGGCAUGCAGGGCAGGUCAUGGAUCUGAUACCGUCGUUGAAAGGACCUGACACGAGAUACACGCGAUAGGGUAGGAGCGCGACACUGGCAUCGACGACCGAGUCCGGUGAACCUUUUCAUACGUCCCAUCCCCUUCGCUCCGGGCACAUAUAUAGUUAAUUGGAUUCAUCUUUGCUUGCGUAGUAGGUAUCUCUAUCUUCCCCAUCGGGUCGGAACCCUCCAAGAAAUGUGCACAUGAUUCGAAAGAAGAAGGAAAAAGAAAGAAGAUGAUAUCUGGUCCAAGAUCAGAGUUUUUUUCUUUCUGUUUGGAUUAAUUAGAACUGAAGUGUCGAUCAAAUAUGGCAUUCAGCCCAAGAUUUUGGUUCGAUUACCAGUCUUUCCCAGUGGAAGAGCACAUAGAAAGUUUAUCAUAGCGUCGGACAAUUAUAUGAGAAGUGCAAAUGGUGAUGUUUCUGGGCGCGGUGUAGACGUCUUCUAGAGGGUUUAGUUGUACAUCCAUUAAUGCGCCUCUCCCUCUCUCACGCAGCGAAUGGAGAAUAAAGCUUCGGAUUGCGUCGGUUGCUUUAGGUGCUCGAGCGAAGAAAAAGAUCGGUGUUCCCAUGUCCGUGUGUGUGUGUCAAAAGGAUGAUGCACUCGGAGAGAGCAUGCGUUUGGUCUGGAACUCCGCUGGGGACGAGUUCAGUGUGACCAACCAAGUUGCAAAAGAGGCCCAAGGGGGCAUCUUCUCUCUCUCUCUCUCUCUCUUUCUUUCUUUUCAUACUUCUCCGCCCCUCUGGUUCUCCGCGCGUACCAAGCUUGGAAGGGGAGAAGAUAGCAAGUGCGGUCUAGUCCACCUGCCAACCUUCUCCCCGGAGGCCAAAUAAUGCACUUGUGACCGUCCCGCAGAAGGCUCUCUCUCUCUCUCUCUCUCUCUCUCUCGCUCGCUCUCUCGGAGGGAAGGCGGACGCAAACAUGUUCGGAAGGAAGCAUAACUCUCAUGAUGACCAGGAUCAUGCUGCUCUACCACACCAAGAGAAGGUGGAAGAGCUGAGAGCUGCUAUCGGACCCUUAUCCGGACGUAGCUUCAUGUUCUGCACCGAUGCAUGUCUGAGGAGAUACUUGGAAGCUUGGAACUGGAACGUUGACAAGUCGAAGAAAAUGUUAGAGGAGACACUCGAGUGGCGAGCGACUUACAAGCCAGAGGAAAUUCGUUGGCCUGAGGUUGCUACCGAAGGUGAAACCGGCAAGGUCUACAGAGCGGAUUUUCAUGAUCGCGAGGGAAGAAGUGUUCUUGUGCUGAGACCAGGGAGACAGAACACAUGCUCGCACGACAGCCAACUCAGGCAUCUGGUGUAUCUCCUGGAGAAUGCCAUCAUCAAUCUGCCCCAAGGACAAGAGCAGAUGGUUUGGCUGAUAGACUUCACAGGAUGGUCAUUGAGGAACUCGGUGCCGAUUAAGACUGCUCGAGAGACGGCAAACGUUUUGCAGUCUCACUAUCCCGAGAGGCUUGCGGCUGCAUUCCUAUAUAAUCCCCCAAGAAUUUUUGAAUCAUUUUGGAAGAUAGUUAAGUAUUUCCUGGACCCGAAGACCUUCGAGAAGGUGAAAUUUGUGUACCCGAAGAAGGAAGAGAGCAUGGGAGUGCUGCGCAAAAGCUUCGAUUUCCAGAUGCUGCCCGAGGAUUUUGGAGGAGAGAGCAAUGUGCAUUAUGAUCACGAGGAGUUCGCGAGACUGAUGGCAAAGGAUGAUGCCAAGUCAGCGGCGAUUUGGGGAGAGGAUCAGCUGCCGGAGCAUCUGAGGUCGCACAUUUGGUAAGCAUGAACGAGAACAGCAACUCCUCGAAAAAGGAGGAAGUCAAAAGAACAAGAUAAGCGAUAUGCUGAUCAUCUGGAAUUUGACGACGCUAAAAGAACUACGACACCAAUACACGGGCUGUAUCAUCACUUGUAUACAGAACAACUUCAACGAUGUCUGGAUCUGAACAUAUUCGAUUGCAGCAAAAAUAUACGCACGAGUAAGGCUACAAACUUUCAGCCUGAUCGGACAG